GACUACUACCGCCUGCACCUGGACGUCAUGACGUCCAAGGGCGUGAUCUGCGCAGCAUGUCCAGCUACCCACCUACCGACGGGUUCGUCCUUCAAACAGACGUGAUAGAAACGAACUACCUGAUGUCACUGAACAGCCCGCAAGUGCCGCCGGUGGUCGGGACAAGUCGGAACGUAGGCAGGGAGCUGGAAAUAGAUGGCGCGCGCGCGAGCUCUGCAGGGCGCGAGAAAACUGCGGCGGCUGUAAAAUCGCCGCAGAUCGUUGGCGCUGUCGAAUGCUUCAGCAAUCCCGUUAGUGCGGGCUCGGCGAGCGGGAAGCUUAUGGCAGAUGAUGAUCAGGAGGAGGAGGAGGAGUGGGGGGGGGAGGAGGAAGAAGAGGGGGAAGAGGAGGGGAGGGGGAGGGGAGGAGGAAGACGAGGGGGAGGAGGGAGGGGAGGAGAAAGGGGAGGAGAGGAGGAAUACCAAACAGACAGAGAGAUGAAACCCUGUGCGCCUUGGCGUGAAGAGAGAGGAGGAGGAGGGGGAGGAGAUGGAGAAGGAAGAGGUGGAGGUGGUGGAGGUGGUGGAGGUGGUGGAGGUGGUGGAGGUGGGGGAGGGGAGGAGGAGGAGGAGGAGGAGGAGGAGGAGGAGCAGGAAGAGGUGGCGUGCAAUUGGGAGAAAUUAAAGUUUCUUCCGCUGACGAGUUCCUUCCAUGAUUGUGGAUAUGAGAGAGGAGGAGGAGGGGGAGGAGAUGGAGAAGGAGAUGGAGGUGGUGGAGGUGGUGGAGGUGGGGGAGGAGGAGGAGGAGGAGGAGGAGGAUUUCGUUACUGCUUUUAUUGCUUUCACUGCUCUUACUUCUCUUUUCUUAAAAGUUUGUACGGUCUGCUGUGACGGAUAUGGUGUGGUGCAUUUCUUUCAUAUUUCCCUCCUCGUGCAUGUAUAGGAAGUCGACAAAUGGUCCCCCCCCAAAGAAAAAAGAAGGAAGGCAGGAAGGUGUUUCAUGAGUAAAUUACUAAAUUGCUG